AUGCAACAAUAUACCUUUACUCCUCCAACAGGUCCCCCGCGGGAGGGACAGAAAAAUUAUGUCUUUGUUGAUGAGCAUAACAGACACAAAAGGCUCAAAGUGAUGCGCGCCUGUAAUGGAUGCCGAAAAAGAAAGAUCAAAUGCGACGCUGCCACAACAAACACAUGGCCCUGCACAGCAUGCCUUAGACUGAAAUUAGUUUGCGUGCCUCCAACAAUAGGCCAGGAUGGCGAACAGGUUGGUGCGGCGCAAGGUGUCGAGGCAGAGCAAGCGGGAUACCCAGACGCUACGAAUCAGCAGCAGACUAUACAGCAGCAUGAGUUGAUGCAGUCCAAUUACGCCCCCGAUGAUCCUUCACUCGCAAGCAACAUACCGCCAUAUGGGAUGUAUUCGUCCUAUAUCCCGCAGAAUCAUGGCAUGUAUGCACCAGCACAGACACCUGAAAUCGCUGUCACUCAACAUCCUUACUCAAAUCAAUAUUAUCAAAUGCCACCGCCUCAACCGAUUCCGAGUGCAGAUAGCGGCGUAUUUGUCGAACCAGAGCAUUCAACUGCUGAAGACCUUAGUGAAGCACUUGGUGAGCUUAGAAUUGAAGAGUCUGGAAUUGCACCUUAUAUUCGGCAACAACGAAAAGGGUUGACAGAGCCUGGAGCUCCUGUCCAAGAUGAGGACGAAAUUCUUCCUCCACUUAGUACGGGCGCUGGAUCAACUAUCAGAAUCCCACCGGAAUUAAUGCCCCCUAACGAAGAGGUCAUGGAAUACUUCAAGAUCUUCUUUCAAGAUAUUCACCCAUAUGUGCCUGUCAUCCACCGUUCACAUCUGUAUAACCAGUGGCGUAAUGACCGCGCCUCGAUUUCCCCGUUAUUGUUGGAGGCAUUGUUUGCUUGCGCUGGCAGAAUGUCCGAUGACCCUGCUCAGGGUGCUCAGUGGCUGGCGCUUGCCACUCGACACGAGUCGAGUUUCAUGGACGUCCCGCGUCUAAGUACUAUCCAAGCACUGCUCUUGUUGCUGAAAGCACGAGAGUCAAAUCCCAAGAAGGGAUAUUACUACCGUUCCUGGCAGACAAUCAAGACUGCUAUCUCCAUGUCCAAGGAUCUGGAGCUCCAUGAACACUAUGCCACCCAUCAAGAAGGAAUAUCAUGCGGCCUUGAUCCUGUAGAGUGUCUAAUUCAGACAAGAGUUUGGCAGACGCUGUUGGUUGUUGAAGUGAUGGUCGGAGGGCCUCAAGGACGCCCAGACUACGAAGUAGACCCGGAGACGGUUGAUAUGCGGCCGCAACUCGACACUGUGGAUGUCGAUCAAUUUGAAACUGAUCGUUCACGGCAGUUUUCCUAUUUUGUGAAAAACGCAUACCACAUUCGUAUCUACACGGAACUAUAUCACAAAAUGAAGAAGCAGAAGGACUGGGCCUCCAAUCCUCGAUUCACUCAGAACAACCCAGUUUUCAGCGACUGGUAUCGAGGCCUGCCACAGGAUCUUCAGGUUACAUACCCUGAAGACGGAUCUCCGCCAUGGCUUCCGUCGCACUUUGUCGGAAAUAUGCACACACAUUAUCAUUUGGCUAUUAUGAUGGUCCAUCGUCCACAAUUGCUGGCAUCCAAGUUCUCUGCAACUGAUGGCAAUUGGAGGACGCAUAUGCAAUUAUGCUAUUCUUCUGCAAAAUGUCUUUGUCGACUACAAGAAGCGAUCAUUUCUCGCUUCACACUACAGGGCCUCCGUUUCAUGCAACGGGGAAUUAACUUCACCGUUUAUGCCAUCCUGACUUGCACAAUGUUGCAUCUAGUGGCAAUAACAUCUCCAGACCCCGAGUUUUAUACAGAUGCGCGCGAUUACUUUACUCGGCAUAUGCGUAUAUUGGAACAAUGUUCCACGACAUGGCCACUUCCUGAAAUUAAGGCUCAAAUAGACGCCUUGAGGCUGGCCUUUUCUGCUGAUACCAACCAGCCAUUCGAACUCAAAGCAUCUUUCCCAUAUGGCAGUCCAUCCGAACAAUACAACUCCAGCCCUCCUCCAGUGGUUGACUCACAGUACAACCAAUAUGGCCAGCCGAGUCCUCACCGAUUAGGAUACAAUUCCCAUUCUGCUACACCACCUGCAGGCGUCGAUGAUUCGAAAUCCGAUACGUCCCAGCCGACCGGCAUGAAUAUGCUUCAAAGCCAUUUAGCCAAUCCACAACUGGGUGUCCCGCUUGUAGACGAGAACAGCUGGGACCCCACUCGAAUUUUUACUUCUUGGAACAUGGCAUUCCCUGUUGAUACAGCGAGCCUACCAUCAAACUCCCCUCAGAUGCCAUUCUCAGGCCAAGGCCCAGCAAUGACUGCAGAUGGUGUCCAGGUCCAAUACCCGAUGCAGUACACGCCGCCUGGAGGCAAAGUCAUGUCCAUGGACGCUAUGCAAGCCAUGGGUCAGACGACGUACGAGCCUCAGCCUGUCAUGACGGCCAGAGAUUGGCAACAAAGCGUUGCGAGUGUCUAUGAUCCGCAUGGCAUCAAACGCAGAUGGAAUAAUUCUGUUGACAUGACAAAUUACAAUGCCAAGCGAUCAAGAUAG